UAUUUACCCAUCGCGCUCUCACUUCCCAGUCGAAAGUGUCACAGAUAAAAGGAAUAACAAUGGCAGGUCCCGGCAAAUCCUUCCUUAUCACCGGCCCUCCUGGUGUGGGUAAAACCACACUGAUUAUGAAAGUUUUUGAAGCUCUCAAAACUUCUCACCCUAGCUUACAAAUUCAGGGCUUUUACUCUAGUGAAGUUAGACGAGGGAGCGAGAGGGUUGGUUUUGAGGUGGUCACUUCGGACGGCCGCAGAGGCCGAUUAGCCUCCACUACUAUUUCAACCCUCGAGUCUCUUAGAUGGCCUAAUGUCGGGAAAUACAAAGUAGAUAUAGCAUCAUUUGAGUCACUAGUGCUCCCUGAAUUGCAGGUCAGAGUGGAUACUGAUCUUUUCAUCAUUGACGAAGUUGGUAAGAUGGAGAUGUAUAGCUCAUCUUUCUUCCCUGGGGUUCUAAAAGUUUUGGAAUCAAAUAUUCCAGUUUUGGCUUCUGUUCCUAUUCCGAAAUCGGGCCGUGAUAUACCUGGAGUUGCAAGGUUGAAGAAUCAUCCUGGGGCAACUGUUUUUACAUUAAGCACAAGUAACAGGGAUGCUAUCAAAGAUCAGAUAUAUUCCAUAUUGGUAGACUUGCUGACUAAACACUAGAUGUUGCCCCCUUAUUGGAAUACUCUCUCCCCCCACAUACAUUCAUACAUAUUCAUAUAUAUAUGUAAAGAGAAAGAUGGAGAGAGCAUGUGUCCAGCUUUUCUCUUUUAUAUUUUGUGACGGGUUCAUAAUCGGCUGGUUUUCUUUUUUAUAGUUUUUGAAGGUAUUUGCAAUGCUUCUUAGUAAGUUCCGGGACUGCUACAGCCUACAAUGUAGUUAGUAUGUUUGAAGUAUGGAGAGUGAAAUAUAGUAGUUAGGUAGCUUUCUGUUUGAA